GGUCAGUCUAUAAAUACAGUGCCCAACGUGAGCAACGCCGCCGUGUGAGCGAUCCGGGAGAUCAAUUCGGUCCAAUUUGCCAGACAAUUUGUAGACAUCAAGAGGAAGGAAACAGGAGGAAAAGUAGAACCAGCAGUCAGAGGAGGAGGUGCUAAGCCGGCAGAAAGAUGCCGCCCAAGCGUCCGCCACCGCUCGUGCCGAAGAAGCCCAAUCCCAGCAUGAACUACGAGGUGUUGAUCUACCUCAACUCGUUCUACUUCGGCAUGUUCGCCUGUUGCGAGAUGGCCAUGGGCCUCCUGAAGGCUAUCAAUCUCAGCUACACGGGACAUACUUUGGCCCUGGACACGGGGGUGAUGAUUAGCUUCAUUGUCUUCGAGACGAUCCGAUUGAUAAUGGGGCGCAUGAGUUCGCUGGCCGAUCGAGGCUGGUCUGCCAUACUGUCGGUCUUCAUGACCGCCCCCUGCUUCGUGGGCGUCUCCUAUCUGCUGCUGCUGCAGACCUACCGACUGCGCCUGGAGUACUGCCUGUGCACGCUGCAGAUCGCCCUUUACCUGACCGAGGUGUGGUAUGCCAUCGUCUUCGUUUUCUCGCUGUGUCGUCCAGUAACUUAUGAUUAGCCACAUAGACAGAAACACCAGCCAACUAGCAGCAAAUAUACAUGCGAAAGUUUAGCAAUCUACACGAUCGAGAAAGGAUAUUGUGCAGUGUAAUGAAAUGUAAUCUAGCUGAUUAGCAGUAGGCAGCUGAAUUGCUCAUGGCCGAGAAGAAAACCAAACAGAAAGAAAACAAAACAAAACAAAACACAUAUGUAGCAUAUUAAUAAUUAUGUAUAGUAAGGUUUAUGAUAACAUACACACACUCUUAUAUACAUACAUUGAACGGUUUUAUAUACAAAAAUUGUUAACAUUUAAGCAUCAAUUGGAACCAAUAUAAGACAACAAGCAAAACCUAAAA